AUAGAACAACUAAAUGACGUCACGCAGUCGCACAGUAGUGACGUUCGCUUGGUCGAGAGGAAAGAUGGCUACAUCGCCUUGGCUGCAUGGCCCAUCUGCUAUGCGACUAACAGAGGGUUUGGUGUCGGUUUUAAAAGAACACCGCCCAGAGUAUUUACCUAUUCUGUUGGCCAGCUAUAGAGAAUAUGGCGUGCUCCCGACACAGGGCUCCAGCGCCCUCGGGGGUAUCGUGGGUUUCAGCAAUGCCAAACUGGGUUCCAGCAAAACCAGGUUUGAGGGGCUCUGUCUGCUCUCCAUGCUGGUUAAAGACAGUUCCAGUGAUCUGUUCCAGCAACACUGCCUUUCCUGGCUACGCUCCCUGCAGCAGGUCAUACAGUCUCAGGCUCCAGUUCAGACUAUCCAGCUAACGAUGAACAUUCUAAAGGAUUUGCUGCAGUACUCAUCCCAGCAAGCAGAGCUGGCCAGAGAGGUUGGACUCAAUUACAUCCUGGGCUUCCUGACAUCUCUGCUGAGCCUCAAGACAGAGUGUGAGCUGGCAGCCAUGGAGGGGAUGACAGCCUGUAUGACCUACUAUCCUAGAGCCUGUGGAUCCUUACGGGACAAGCUGGGAGCCUAUUUCCUUUCCAAAAUGGAAAGCACAAACAAGAAAACACAAGAGAUGGCUUGUCAGUGUUAUGGUCGCCUGCCUUGUUUGGGGGGUGUGUUGGACAGAGGAGUGAGUGCUGGCAGAGCUGAGGGCUGGACUAAGCAGAUUCACUGUUUAUUGGCCUCAGCCAAUAACCUGUUGGCUCAGAUCUAUCAGGGUUCGGAAACAGAUGAAAUGGUGAAGUAUGAAGGUCUGGGAGUGGAGCUGGCUUUUCCUCUUCUUGACCAAUCAGAUCCCCUGCUGCUGCUGCAGCUCCAGCAUAGAUACACAGCGGUCUGCCUGGCACUCAAACACACACUAAGGUUGGAUCCAUCCUCAGCUGUUCGUCUGCCUGUCAGACCAAUACUCAACCUGGUGUGUCGAGCCCUUGCCGUCAGCUCCAAGAGCAUAAAUUUAACCGGAGAUGGAAGUGUGAGGAUGCUGGUCCUGCCCAUUAUACACAUCAACACAUUGGCGGUCCUGGCAGCUCUUGUCACAGCUGUACAUAGUGGCAUGAUUCAGUACGCUACAGUACUACAGAGGCUAUUUUCUCAAACCCUCUCUGCCUGGACGCCUCUACCUGAAGCUACUCUGGGACAGCAGAGAGCCUACAGUUCAGUUCGGGCAUCAGUGUACAGAACCUUAGAGCUCUGGGUUCAAGUGGCUGGAGCCUCUGCAAGCAUUCUUCAAGGAGGCCCAGGCCAUUUAGAACUCCUGUUUAAUCACCUACUCAGUGACAUCACACCAGGGGCGGAGUCUGUCAAGCUCCGGGCAGGUCUAUCAGCUGACGUGGUUCCUGGAGGAAAACCAGGCCCUCGGAGGACGAAACCUUUGGUCAUAGCAGAUGCAGGGGGCCCGUCACUGCAGAGGAAAGGAGACCCUCUGGCCAAUCAGGAUACUUGUCUUUCAGCCCUCAGAGUGCUGAGACAAAUCAUAAUGACAAGUGGCACACUGCUAAAGGAUGAUAUACAUAAGCGUCUCCAUGAUGUUGUUCUGCCACUGUGUGUGCGCCUGCAGCAGCAACAGUCCAGCAGCAGUACUGCAUGUGAAUCUGCGGGGGCCAUCAGCGGGCAGUACAGCAGUGCCCUCUCUCGACGAGAGCUAUACCGGUUAUUGCUGGCUCUGGUCCUGGUCCCAUCACCCUGUUGGCCCCCACCUCUGACCUGUGCAGUGUCCAUCCUCAGCAGUGGCCUCACUGACGGCAACCUCAAGGUCUCUACAUUCUGUACUGAGGCUCUGACAAUCUGUAACUCCCUACUCCACCCCCGUACUCCCUCCAUCGCCCUCCCUUUACCACCCCUUACCCUGAAACCCACCCCCACCGCUCCAGCCCUCCCUUCCUCCCAGGGGCCUACACCUGGACUCACUUUACCAACCCUCCUAGGAGGCCCUGCCUCUGGUCCACCCUUCCCCACUCGCCACUCCCUUGGCCUGGGUUCCACUUCCCUGCUGGGUUCUUUGGAGAACCACCUCUCCCUGGUUCCUGGUCUGCCAGGUCAGGCCCCUACCCCAGGAGACAUGAUUCUGUCCCCGCACACACACCACCAGCCUGACCCGACUGGGCUUGGUCCUCCAGAAGGACAGAGACCUGUGUUUGUCCGCUAUGAGAAAGAGGAAGCAGAGGAUGUGGAGAUCUCUCUGGCCAGUGACUCAGAUGACAGCGUGGUUAUUGUUCCUCCAGGGAUGCUCAACAUAGAAAACCAGCAGGAUGACACAGCAGCCUCAGCAAACUCCCAGACCAUGGCCUCUGUUGUACCAGGAGGCACUACAGUCACACUACAAGGAGGAGAAUCUGUUUCCACAGUGCCCACCACAGCAGCAACAACCACAAUAGAUGGGGUCUCCCUUUCCAACAACCUCGUUACUUCCGCCCCCCUUCUCACCACUUCCGCUACUCCCAUCAACUCCUUCCCUCCUUCCAGCACCUCAGUGGUCUCCCUGGUCCCACCUUUAAACUCCAGCACACUCACAGUUACACCUGGCAGUCUGGGGGACUCACUGCCUGGCAGACCCCAGCUCCAGCAAAUGCUGAUGCAGUCUUCCACAACAGGCCAGCCCAGCUCCAUGGGUCUGCCACUCCAGAUGCACCAGCUGCAGAAUCAGCAGGGACGACACCUCCACCAGCACCAACCACCACCUGCCAGCAACGAAGAUUCAGCCAUCAUCAACAUCAAUAGCACAGAUGAGGAGGAGGAAGAGGAGGAUGAUAUGGAGGAUGAUGAAGAGCUGGAGGAAGAGGAGGAAGGGAUGGAUGAGGAGGAUGAGGAGGAGGAAGUGAGCGAUUUUGCUGAUGAAGAGUUUUAUGAUGGAGAGGAGUAUGAGGAAUAUGAUGAAGAAGAGGGAGAAGAGCUGGAGGAAGAAGAGGAGGAGGAAGAGGAGGAGGAUGGUGACAUACCUCCUCUUGAGGGAGCAGAGGACAAGGCAGGAGAGGCAGGAACAGAGGAUGGGAAGGUGCUCCAGGCAGCAGUGGAUGAAAGAGGGAUGGUUGGAUUCAAUGUGGAAGGAGAGACAGAAGGAGGGAUUGAAGAGAUCCAGACCAACAGAGAGCUGUUCAGAGAGGACAGGAUGACGGUGCAGGAAGUGGAGAGCAUUGGAGUCCUAGAGGAAGCACAAGAGGGGCAGGGAGAAGAGGAUGAAAGCGAAAGGAUGGAUGACCCCACGAUGCCACAGAUCCUAUGUGUCACUGGAGGAGCACUGGAGCAGAGAGAGGAGACUGAGGAGGAGGUGGUAGAAGCUAGAGCAGGAGUAGUGCAGGAGGAGGUGAGCUCAUGGGAGCAAGGAACCAAUGAGAUGGAGUUGACAGCCUCUUCAGACGAAUCCAUAUUCACUCGCAAUCAACAGGACCCUGAGGCUGAACCUCAAAAGGAAGCCAAUAUGAGUGAUAAUCAGCCACCAAGUCAUCACGAGGAGCAACAAGCAGUUGUUCGAGAAGAAGCAGCUACAGAUUCUGAAACCUUCAACGUUCUGAAUACGACAGAGCAAGAGGAGACAGAUGCUGAGAAAAACAACAAAGUGGAAGAAGAGCAGCAGGAGACAGAGAGAGAAGGAGGAAGAGAGAGUGAUGGAGAUGAGGGGAAAGGAGUGAAGAGGAAGAGAGAGGAGGCACCCAUAGAGGAAAAAGCAGGACAAAGCACUGAGAAGAAAAAGCUGGAUGAUGAAGCCAUGGCCACUAUGUUGGCUGAUUUUGUUGCCUGUCCACCUGAUGAUGAAGACGGUGCCUCUGGAUUGAACCACUCAUGAACAUUUGCCAACCUGAACUGAUGUGAUUUAGGUUACCAUGGAUACAGCAGAUACUGCUAAAGAUAAUGUAUCAAUAGUGACAUUUCCAAGUUUUAGUUGCCUCAUAUUACAACUCCCUUGUCAUUCUCUACAUAUCUUCAGUCAUUCUUCACAGUGUUCAUAUCAUACUGGUAGAAUGUGGCGUCCAAGUUUGUUUUUUCCCCUUUAACAUCACUUCUGACUUCCAGCUACACUGUGGGAAUAUUUGAGGAAGGGACUUUUUUUCCAGAAUUUUUACUGCUGGCACAAACUAGUUUUACGUGUGCUACAAGAUAGUAAAUUUUCUACAGGCCCAAAUAAAGCUGCCCAGCAAGGAGGUGAAGCUCUAUGUAAUGCAUCACCCCCAGAAUGAUAUAGUCUCUGUUCUUGCAUACAGUAUAUAUAUUAUCCUACAGUUAGUGAACUAAAUGGUUUUCUUGGAUUUAUAUGUAUGUUUUAUGCUCUUUGUUUUGUCAUUACUGUUGUAUGCUUUGUUAUAAAAAGUAAAGGAAAAAAUCAA